CCCUCCUGCAGCUGUGCCUGUCUUCAGAAAGCCCCCAAAAUGAAGAGAUUUAACUGAAAGCUGGGGAUAUAGAGGCCCGCUACAGAACAAAGCACCCUUGUCCCUUGACCCACGCUGGGCUAGUAGUUGGGGUUGCUGCUGCGUGUCUGCCCUCAACACCCCGGCCCGCUCACACACGGCCACUCCUUGAAGCGCCCACAAAUUAACCCCUGGUGCUUUUUAGCACAGAAGCCAUACGUGUCAGCUGCCACCCCCUCUUCCAUCGAAGCCGGAAGGGCGAUUUUAAUUUUCCUAGCAAGUCUUCGUUGAGCCCGGCCUUCAUUCUGAAGCUGGGCUGGACUUGCUUCCCCACCUAAAAGGGGCCCAGGCCAGAGCGAGGACCACCCAUGGACUUCAGUCUCCCCAUCUCUGAGCGCGUGCACAGCGGUGUAAGUUACACAUGCAUGAACAGCAAGUGAGCCUCGGGGAGCACUGAUUUGGAGCCUCACCUUCCCCUUGCAACCUUCUCCAGCCGGCAAAGCCUCGGGACUUCCUGUCGACAUACCUUUAGGGUGGGCUGGAGUCUUAACUCAGUGGCCUGAGGUCGGAGCCCGAACCCUACACCAUGCCAAGAGAAAGGAAGGAGAGAGAUGCGCAGGACCGCGACACCAUGAAAGAAGAAAGUGGCACCGACUUCUCUUCUCGCCCCAGGAAAAGGAAGGCGAACGUGGCCGUUUUUUUGCAGGAUCCAGAUGAAGAGAUUGCCAAGAUUGACAGGACUGUGAGAGGCCAAGGUGGCAGUCAGCCCUGGGACGAUCAUUCAGUACCUGUAGACCCCUGCUCUUUCAUCCCCACCCCUGACAAAGAGGAUGAUGAGCUGGAGUACCCUAAGACUACAUUUGAACCUCGAAGACUCACACCAUCCAGAGCCUCCCCACUGCCUGUGCUGAACUGGGCAAAUAAAGAGGAAGUCUGGAGGAUCAUGCUAAACAAGGAAAAGACAUACCUAAGAGACGAGCACUUUCUGCAGCGCCACCCUCUUCUGCAGGCCAGGAUGCGGGCGGUUCUCCUAGACUGGCUAAUGGAGGUGUGUGAAGUCUACAGACUUCACCGGGAGACGUUUUACUUGGCGCAGGACUUCUUUGAUCGGUACAUGGCGACGCAGGAGAAUGUCGUAAAAACCCUCUUACAGCUUAUUGGGAUUUCUGCCUUGUUUAUUGCGGCCAAACUUGAGGAAAUCUAUCCUCCAAAGUUGCACCAGUUUGCUUACGUUACAGAUGGUGCUUGCUCAGGAGAUGAGAUUCUUACCAUGGAAUUAGUGAUAAUGAAGGCCCUCAAGUGGCGCUUAACCCCCCUGACCAUCGUGUCCUGGCUAAACGUGUACGUGCAGGUUGCUUAUGUCAAUGACGCCUGUGAGGUCCUGCUGCCACAAUACCCACAGCAGGUCUUCGUACAGAUCGCAGAGCUUUUAGAUCUUUGUGUCUUGGACGUUGGCUGCUUAGAAUUUCCUUACGGAGUGCUUGCUGCUUCUGCCUUGUAUCAUUUCUCCUCGACAGAAUUGAUGCACAGGGUUUCAGGGUAUCAGUGGUGUGAUAUAGAGAAGUGUGUCAAGUGGAUGGUUCCCUUUGCCAUGGUGAUUCGGGAGACAGGAAGCUGCAAACUCAAGCACUUCAGGGGAGUUGCUGCUGAAGAUGCUCAUAACAUCCAGACCCACCUCAGCAGCUUGGAAUUGCUGGACAAAGCCGAAGCAAAGAAAGCCAUAUUGUCUGAACAAAAUAGGAUUUCUCCCCCACCCAGCGGAGUCCUCACCCCUCCGCACAGCAGUAAGAAGCAGAGCAGUGAGCAGGAGAUGGUGUGACCAGCCGCCGUCACCUCCAAAGACAGCGGUGCCGAAGUGCCUGCCCAGCCUGUAGGUGCUGCCUCAGAGCCUGCACCUGCAGGAGCUCCUGUGCGUGCCGGGGGAGGGCAUCUCUUCCACAGCAGCAGCAGGAGGUCUGCUCUGCGGGUGGCCUUGGACAGACGUGCUUUUAUUGAAACAAGGUCAAGCGCACCAGCCACCUCCAGAACACCACUGAGUGCUCCAGAAGCUGCUAAGGAGGGUGCUGCUUGACUGAAUGGACUCUUCACACAGUGAUGACGGCUUGAGGCUGAGCGGGCCGCAGUCACUGCCCGCCUCCGCUCGGCUGUUUUGGGUUGCUGUCAGCCAUAGUUUAAGUGGACAGAUGGUUGUGAGCCAGCACUGGGAUGCGGCGUCCACCUACAGGCCAGGGCCUGCCCUUUCCACACGAUCGGCUGACAGCAUGCCCUGCCUCUCAUGAACUCUUGUUGUAAGUGCUGCUAUGUCUAUCCAUUUUUAAUAAAGAUAAUGCUAUCUAAAACA